AACCAAUCCCCCGCAGGAGGGGAAAAAGAGAGAGAAAGGAGAGAGAGAGAGCGAGAGAGAGCCAAAGGAGGGGUGGAAGGGGGCACCCAGGCUGCACCUGCCCUCUUUCCCUCCACCCGAGACCCUCCUUCUCCUGCUUCUGCUCCUGCUGCAAAGCCUUCCCAUUGUGUGUCAUCAGGAAGACAGGCUGCUGGUGCUGCUGCUGAACAGAAAUCUGAUGCUAUUUUCUGAAUCCUGCUUUUUCUGGACUGGGAACAGACCUGGUUGCCUUCCUGCGGCACCACCGAUGUGCCAGGCUUCUGGUUUGUGAAGCGCACUGGUUUGCUUUUGGACUUCCCUCUCCCAGCUCUCCCAUUCCACAUUCUCAGAGGAAGGAAGGAAGGAAAGAAAGAAGGAAAAGAGGAGAAAGACACCCAAGAGCCAGGCAUUCCUGAGACACACACAGAGAGAGCUCCUAGCUUGGAUCUUCUCCAUCUUCCUUGGACGGAAACCUCGUCCGCAUCCGAUGGGCACCCGUCUUUUUGUUGACAUCCCUCCAAGGUCUUUCCACCCUUUUGGACAUGCUUUGAUGAUUCUGCUGUCUAUUCUUCCUUCUUUCCCUCUCCUUCCUUCCUCCCUCCUUUGAAGACAUGCGACGAGGACUUUUCCCAUAUCCCUCCCUCCACCCGGAGACCGUUUCCUUGCCGAUUUCCGCAAUCGACGCUUGGACCAGGUCGCAAGGCAUCCUCGGCCGGGAAGCCUGAAACAAAUUGUGCUUUGUCUCCUCCAAGGCUUUGUCUUCUUUUCUUUUUUGGGCCACCUUGGGAACCUUUCUCAAAAUCAUGAUAACAUUAAUAUGAAUAGCCCAGAUUGCCUUGACUCAUCUCUCCGAUUAUCGUGAGCGUUCAGCUCCGUCUCGCUGCCGAACAACAUCCAAAUCGCUCCAUCUCAUCUCGAAUAUUAUUGCUAUUCUUGUUGCUGAACAACAUUCGAAUCACCCCAUCUCAUCUCAAAUAUUAUUGCUCUUCUCGUUGCUGAACAACAUCCGAAUCACCCCAUCUCAUCUCGAAUAUUAUUGCUAUUACUGAUCUCUAAUAUUGUUGUUGUUGUUAUCAGCCACGUCCGGAUUCUCCUUGCCGAUUGACGUUUUUAUUGGCAUCCGUCGUCCUCCGUCGUGUCCGGAUGAUGGCCCUGGCUGGCUGCAGUUUUGAUUGCUAAUAUUAUUAUUAUCAUGUUAUUACUCACUCUGAUAUUAUUUUGCAUUGAAACGACUCCGGAUGGGUCCGGCUGAUUGCGAAGAUUGUUGUCAGUAUUGAAAUCCAUCUGAUUGGCCCCCAGUCGAGCUCUUAAAAUUAUUUUUAGGAUUGUGACUGAGAUUAUUUUUAGAAUUGUGAAGAUUAUUUUUAGGAUUGUGGCUAUUCAAAACCGCCCAGGAUGUCCCUGAUUGAGCUCGAAUGUUAUUGUCAAGUCUGAAACCGAUACGAUUGGCCCCGGCUGAUCUCGAAUAUUAUUUCUAGUAUUGUUCUCAUCCCAGCUGUUUCCGGAUGGUCCUGGCUGAUCUCUUCAUAUUAGUAUCAUUUAGGACUGGCAAACGGAUGGCCUUGGCUGAUCUCAAAGAGUAUUGUCAAGACUGAAAGUGGUCCUAAUGGCAAUGGCAGGGCUCUAAAUAUUUGCCCGGAUGGCCAUGACUGAUCUUGAAUGUUAUCGUGAAUAUUCUUCAAAGAUCAUUGUUGUGAAUAUUCUGCGAAGAUUAUUAUUGUGAAUAUUCUACAAAGAUUAUUGUGAAUAUUCUUCCAAAAUCAUUAUUGUGAAUAUUCUUCCAAAAUUAUUAUUGUGAAUAUUCUUCAAAAAGUACUGUGAAUAUUCUUCCAAAAUCAUUAUUGUGAAUAUUCUUCAAAAGGUUGUUAUUGCGAAUAUUCUGCAAAGAUUACAUUGUGAAUAUUCUUCCAAAAUUAUUAUUGUGAAUAUUCUUCCAAAAUUAUUAUUGUGAAUAUUCUUCGAAGGUUAUUGCGAAUAUUCUGCAAAGAUUACAUUGUGAAUAUUCUUCAGAGAUUUUUGUGAAUAUUCUGAAGAUUACUAUUGUGAAUAUUCUGCCAAGAUUAUUCUUGUGAAUAUUCUUCUCUGAAGUGUUCCGGAUGGCCUUGGCUGAUCCUUAUCAUCACCACCACCAUCACCAUUGUUGAUAUUCUCCAACUGUAUCGGGACCUGUCUCAAUUUUUCUUCCUACCAACAUCCACCGAUAUAUAUAUAUAUAUAUAUAUAUAUAUAUAUAUAUAUAUAUAUAGAUAGAUAGAUAGAUUGAGCUAUCGAUUGAUACAUUCCCUGGGUGGGUCAGGACCAUGAAAGCCAUGCUGCUCCUGCGCCGGUUCCGCGUCCUGAUCUUCCUGGUCUUCCUGGUGGCCUGCACGCUCCACAUCAUGAUCGACCUGCUGCCCAAACUGGAGCGGAGGGCGGUGGGCCCCGGGGAACGGGCCGAAGGCGGAGGGCCCAACCCCGGAUGCUCCUGUGGCUCCAAGGCCGUGGAAGGGGCCGUGGAGUGGGGCCAAGGGCCGCCCCAGCAGCGCCCGCCGGAGCCGGACCCCCCGCCCGGGGCCCCUGAGGGUUGGCCCAGCAAGCACACGUUGCGGAUCCUGCAGGACUUCAGCAGCGAGCCCAGCUCCAACCUCAGCGCCCCUUCCCUGGAGAAGAAAGGGCCCGAGCGAGGGGAGGGCUUCCAGAGGCCCAACCGCUUGCUCUUGAACCCGGGGCCGGAUCCCAACCACAAGGCGCUCAUUCAUGAAGGGGAACCCAAGAGGCUGCCGCCGCCGGGUUCCCAUGGGACCGGUGGGGAGACCCCUUCUGCUCCUCCUCCUCCUCAUUCAUCCUCCUCUCCUUGGGCUUCCAAGCUGGCCGCCCUCUUCCAGCACCCCCUCUACCAGAUGCCUGUCCCGGCCUUGGGCGACCGAGACAUCUUGUUCAGCGUCAACAGCGACAUCCGCUUCAACCCCAAGGCCGCCGAGAAUCCUGAGUGGCAAAACGAAGGCAACGAAGACGAAGAAUUCCUCCCCACCGGAGAGACUUCGAUUGAUUCCUAUCCAAACUGGCUCAAGUUCCACAUUGGCAUUAACCGAUACGAACUGUAUUCCCGGCACAACCCGGCCGUCACGGCCUUGCUUCACGACCUGGCCUCCCAGAAAAUCACAAGUGUCGCGAUGAAAUCGGGAGGCACCCAGCUCAAGCUGAUCAUGACAUUCCAGAACUAUGGACAAGCCUUAUUCAAGCCAAUGAAGCAAACGAGAGAACAGGAAACCCCGCCAGACUUUUUUUAUUUCUCCGACUACGAAAGGCAUAAUGCUGAAAUCGCAGCGUUUCACCUGGACAGAAUCCUGGACUUCCGCCGUGUGCCACCUGUUGCGGGCAGAUUGGUGAACAUGACCAGAGAAAUCAGGGAUGUUACCCGUGACAAGAAAUUGUGGCGGACGUUUUUCAUCUCCCCAGCCAACAACAUCUGCUUCUAUGGCGAGUGCUCCUACUACUGCUCGACGGAGCAUGCUCUGUGUGGGAAGCCAGACCAGAUUGAAGGCUCUCUAGCUGCGUUUCUGCCGGACCUUUCCUUGGCCAAGAGGAAGACCUGGAGGAAUCCAUGGAGACGCUCCUACCACAAACGCAAGAAAGCAGAGUGGGAAGUUGAUCCAGAUUACUGUGAAGAAAUAAAGCAAAUCUACGACAGAGGGACUCGGAUUUUGGAUAUAAUGGAUAUGACCAUCUUCGACUUUCUCAUGGGCAACAUGGACCGGCAUCACUACGAAACUUUUGAGAAAUUUGGAAAUGAAACCUUUAUCAUCCACUUAGACAAUGGAAGGGGGUUUGGAAAAUACUCCCACGAUGAACUUUCUAUCUUGGUGCCUUUGAAUCAGUGCUGCAGAAUACGGAAGUCCACUUACCUGCGGCUACAACUACUCGCCAAGGAAGAGUACAAGCUGAGUCAUCUGAUGGAAGAGUCUUUGCUGAAAGACAAAAUUGCUCCCAUUUUGUACAAAUUGCACCUGGAAGCCAUGGACCGGAGGCUCCGGAUAGUCCUCAAGGCCGUCAGUGACUGUAUAGAAAAGGAUGGCCACAGCAACGUGGUUGAGAAUGACUUUGUCUCUGACACGAACACGAUGAUGACCAAGAGGUAGUGAAAUCGCAAGACCCGACUUUUUAUUAAAAGAAGAAAACCAAGAAAAAGAGGAAUCACACACAAAAGAAACAGUCUUGCGAAAGACUGUGUAUGCCACUUUGUGAAUUCAGUGAAUUCAGCAAUUGCAAUCAUCAUUGUUCUCCAAGUAGUUUAAGGUGUAGACUCUUGACGAGAAUAUAGGUUGACGACGAGCAGCUCGUGUCACCGGAGGGACGGACUUUGGUGGCCGUACUUUCUGUUGGAGCUGACCUUACACUUUGCCCAACCUGCUUUCCUUCGGCUCUAACUUAUUUCUUCCCUUUGCCCAUUGAAGGCAUUGGAUUGAGCUUCAUGGGAGGCGGAGCUUCUGGUAAGCCCUGCCUCGCGUGGUCUUGUUGUGCGUUUGUCACCACGUUCUACAGAACUGCGGGUGUGUGUGCACACAGUGGGACCCGCAUACGAGCCAUACUGGAUAAGGCUUGUGGGGAAAUUAUGGUAGAUAACGGAGCGGGCGGACAGGAUUAUCUCUCUGUGUGCAAACCAAGAAGGAACAUUGGGUUGUCACUCUUCUUAAAUCAAUCCCUGGAUUCCAGACGCCUGGAACGACUGCUUAGCGACACUCGCCUGCCCGCAACACGGCCCCUCUCCUUUCCUCUUUCGUUUGUACAGAAAGCAGAGCUUUAUUUAAUAUUUUGUAUUUAUAGAGAGGGGAUGGUUGUGUACUUUUACGAAAAAAUGCAAACCUACCUACCAAAUUUUAUUUUAAAGAGAGGAAUCAGGUUAAGGAUUCUAUAGGGAAAAUAAAUGCUGGCAUUGAGAUAGAGCACACUGUUAAGCGCAGGCCUUGGCAGACUUACUGAUGACCUAUCAGCGGGUGGUUAUCUACAUCUAUAAGGAGGACGAAGGCAUCCAUCUUCCUCUCUCCUGUGUGACUCAGUCCAAUAUCUGCCUGCCUUGUAUGUGAUUAUCUGAUCACUUAAGCGGCUGAGAAGGGAAAGGAAAGGGCCUGAGACCAAGAACUGUGGGAGUUGAAGUCCAGAAGCCUAUUUUCCAUCGAUGUCUUGAACCGGUAUACUUUUAUAACGAACUGUAACACUUGUUUUUUCUCCAUGUGCACAUCCACAGUUUCUUGUGUUGACCUUCCCGUUCUUUCUUUGGUGUCGCCUUGUUUAAAUCGUUUCCUUCCCGAUCUCCCUUCUCACACACCUCUUCACCACGAAUCCAUCUCAGACUGGUUUCUUAAGCCAAAAAAAAGAAGGAAAACACACUUCACAACCAUAGUACGGCCAGGCAAAGUUACAAUGAUAUAAUCAGAGGGUGGGGGAAAUGAAAAAUAAAUCAAGAGUGUGAUCAUUUGCGCAUUGACAGGAAUACUUGAAUGUGAUUUUACAAAGUGAUGUUGCAAAACAAAUGACAAAUGGUACUAUUUAUCCAUACGAAAGCAGCCGCUGUUCUCUUUCUAGACUGUCGUAGCAGGGCUGCUGCUUUCCCGAUUUUUGCUUUUGAUAGAUUCCAUGUAAAUAUAUACAUAUACCGGUUUAAAAAAAAAUGAGGGUGAAAAAAAAACACACAAAAAUCUGCUUUCGGCAGCAAUAGAUUUACUUUUUGCAGCAGUUUUCUUUUUGGUGGAUUUGUUUGCAAUGUGGUCCCAGUGCAAUAAAGAUAUUGGCAAAUGUGUA